AAUAAAACUUAUUAAAUUAUUUUUAAAAUAAUCAUUCGAGAUGUAAUUCUUUAAUGUUUAAGUAAAACUUUUAUGGUGAUUGUAGUAAAUUGUUAUAGUUUACAUAUACAUAUGUAUAUGAAUUCUUAUUUUUUUCAACAUCAUUUUCAAUCUUUUGAUGAUAAACCUAACUUCUAUAAUAAACAAUUUGGCUAAUUGAGUUUGGAAGGUAUGUAACCUGUGUGAGACAUCAAUUUUCAACGUUUAUAAAUACGGGCAGGGGUGCAAGAACAAUGCCGUUAGAUGAGUACAACGAAUCCGCAAGACCAUAUCGAUGUGGCAUUGUAUUAUUGUGUAUGGGUGCAUUAAUUAAUUGGUUAGGAUUUGCACAGAACUACGAACAUCCUGUACGUUAUAUUGGUAUUGCCUGUAUUGUUGCUGGUGUGUUACUAAUUGUCGGUGCUGUGUGUUGUUGGGCAAAAAACGCACCAACUGAAACAAUCAUGAAUGAAAAUGAGUCGUCUCAACAGAUUGGAGACGGAAUACAUGUGAUACAAAUUGAAGGUGAUGGAACCAUAUGUAAACCACCUGAUUACGAGUCUUUGAGAGAAGCACCUCCACCAUCAUAUGAUGAAGCUAUCAAAUUGGAUCCAACUCAAUUACUACAACAACAGUUACAAUACCUAAAAGUUUCCUAAUCUUAUUAGGAUCAUGUAAUAUGAUUUAAACAACGAAUAAAUGUUCUAAAUAA